AUGUUGUUGAGGUUUGCGCGCGCUGCAGCGCUCAGCCAAUCCCGGCCCUGACACGAGGCACGUCACUCGCAUGCUACUCAGAGCAGAAUGGCGGCUCUUUUGGAAUCGUUGCUGCUCAGUAAAGUGGAGUUAAGCGAGGCCCUGCUGUGGCUCAGAGGACAACACGUUUGUGAAUCCCAAAACUUUCCAUUCAAGUUCAGCAAAGAGGAGUUUGUGCCUUUCCUAUUGAAUUUUUUGCGGGAUCAGAGCAGUCAGACUUUGACCCAUGGCCCCACCACACCUGCCAAGACCCCCAGCACCUCCAGAUCUGUCAGGACUCAGGACUCUUCUGAUCGGAGAGGCAAAAAAUCCACGUCAGUUCAGGCUCCACGCAGCGCCAGCCGAGUCCAGCUUUUCUCUCCUGCCCCGUCUGUGUCCCCAGUGGGCGGGAGGAGUGAGCAGGAGACCCCAUUUACCGGCUCUCAUUGUUUGAGUGGCGUCAGUGCCCUCAGUAGCCCUUCCUUCAGCUCUGUGUGGAGCCCUGCUCCCCGCAACACCCCCUCUGAGCGCCGCUCUGCACAACGUCCCAGUCUUGGGGACUUCAUGACAUCACCUCCAGAGACGCAGCCCAGCCCCUCUGCACAGCAGCACAAAGGCCGCAGGAGGAGUGGGGGGUUUGGGGGGUGUGCGCCCGGCCGUCAGACGGGAACUCGUGGUGCUGUGUCGGAGGAAGGAGCUCGCUGGGAUGGAGGAGGCAGAGAUGGAGGAGGCAGGAGGAGCAGAGGUCUGGGGAGGAUUGAACCAGUGUCACCUCCAACACAGGUGCAGCUCAACUUCAAUAAUUUGGAAGACUUUCCUCCAGUGGGUGCCGCCCAGUCUUCACCAGUAGCAACCAAACCUUCACGGAGAAUCAACCCAACUCCUGUAAGUGCAGAGCGGCCUAACUCCAAACCUAAGAGCUGCUUCACAUCCACCCCGCUCAGCCUGCCUACCAGCUCCCCUACCAUACCAGAGAGCGCUGGGGCCAAGCUGACCGCUUGCAGUCCUCACAGUCUGCUGGAAGAGAGAGAGUUGCUUAAGAGAGAAAGGUCUAAACUUGCCCAGCAGACCAGCUCCCCACUGAAAACCACCCCUGCCAUCUGUACCCCAACCAAAACAGUGCACAGACAGGGGUCGAAAGUGACCCCUGACCCUCAGUCACCUUGCCCUGAUCCUGACAAAGUGUCACAGAAAUCAGAGCUGGAUCUCCUAGCAGAGCUGUAUUGUACCUGCAUUUCAGAGAACCUGGUUCCUUGUGUCUUCCUGGAGCUGUUCUUCGUGCUGCAGCUGUUGACAUCUCGUGGCGUGUCUGUCUCUGAAUCUGGGGAGGAAGGAAUCAGUGUCUGUGAAGACAGCCCAGAUGUGUUGGAGAAAGCUUACCUGGGAACUGUCCACAACUGUGUGUAUUUUUCUGUGAGGGUGUUGGACAAUCAGUUUGAGUUGGUGUCACAUCUGGACAAAUGCACGCUACGGCUUCUGUCUGAGAAUGAGAGAGUCGGGACUUUCUCCUCAUCGCUGAAAGAUCGUCUAGCACAAGCUCAGGACAACUGCACAGCUAAAGUGCUCCCCAGUCCACCUUUGUUUAUUCAUUCAGUCCCGUUUCAGCCCGCCACAGACAACCGCUCAAAUUUUAGCAGUGAUAGGGCCUUCCAUACCUUAAAAAAGCAAAGGGAUGUGUUUUACGGUUUUCUCAGAGAAUGGGAGGACUCUCAUAAAGAACCUGGCUGGGAUUUUGAGGCUGCAUUAGGCAGUAGAGUCAGAAUGAUGGUCAGUCAACUCACAGCAGCAGGAAGUCAUUCUCACUUUGCUAGACUCUUCCAGAAGCAGCUGAUCCAGAUGUGCAAAGGCCCUUGUGUGCUGGGCUCCUCCAGUGAUGCCCCUGAUGCUGAUUUGCUCAGCAUGCUGGGAGCAGACAGCCUGGGUCGUCUGAAGCGCCUGCAGCAGCGUCUGGUCCAGCCUCAAGGACUCAUUGGUCCCUGCCCUCCACCAUCCUUUCCUGGUCAUCAGGAGUUCUUCAAGUGCUUCCUUCAAACAGCCAGCUGCUGUCAGCUAAACCAGCAUCUGAAAGAUGGUCUGUGUCAGCAGCUGCUGAAGCUAGAUGAGGUGUCCAUCCUCGGUCCAGACGCCAGCCCUGCCCGGGGAGAGGAGACAGGUGAUGGAGACAUGGAGCAGCAGGAUGAGAAGCAGCGUUUCUCCUCUGUGCUUCUCACCGCUCGACUUCUGGCCAAGUUUUUGGGCUUCAUCUCUUUCCUGCCUUACCAGACCUCUGAGCUGCCAUCAAGAGAUAUACAGGAUACUGCGAUCACUCUGCGGAGCAAGAGUUCUCCAGUGCUGGAUGUGUGUGCAGUGUUGAGGAGUUCAGUGCAUCGGAGACGCACCAUUCUGACAGUGCCCUGGAUAGUGGAGUUCCUGUCCAUGCUGGAUUACAUCGGCCCAUUUCUUCCUUGUUAUAGGACUGCUCUGUGCCUUCUGCUCCAGAUCUACAAGAGGAUGGUAUUGGGUCAAGGAGGGGAGCUGUGUUACAUGAAUCACCUGCUCAUGGUGGCAGUUUUGGGCUGGCUCUUCCAGAUCCCUAUCUUUCCUGAAGAUCUCUUCUUUAGCACAGAUCUAAAGGAAGAAGUUAAGGAACUGGAGAAUAUUACAAGCUCUCAGGGGCUGGACACCCUCCCGUUAGUGGACCAACAGCUUCUCUACACUUGCUGUCCAUAUUUAGGGGAGUUUCGUAAACUUCUUGCUGCUUUUGUGGCUGGUAGUACAUCCAAGAGCGGAGGCUUAAUUCGCAAGAUCACCCCCACAUCUGCAGAAUUGAGGGGACCUUCCACCACCCGUUCACAGCAGAAACUUCAGGUUGACCUGGAACAGUCCUUCUUUCACAACCAGCCCCCAUCUCUCAGACGAACUGUAGAGUUUGUUGCUGAGAGAGUCGGUUCCAACUGCGUCAAACACAUUAAGGCUACGCUUGUGUUGGAGCUCGUGAAGGGUGGAGAGAAAACUCUCAAAGAUAGUUUGGGUUUGGAGGGUGUCAACACGGCCAAGUUAAACGAUUCUAUCUGUGCUCAGCUGUGUGACGCAGGCAUGCAGGCUCUAGAGACAGCAACCAGGUUCUGCACUGAAAAUGCCCCUGGAGCUGUCAGAGUACUUCUUCCUCUGGAGACGUCUCCUUCUGUCCUGACCACUGCUGAGAGCAUCACCACUCGUUUGGCUACAGAAAAGGCUUGCAGCUGGCUCUCCGCCAACAUCACAACACUGCUGAAGAGGGAGUGGAAGAGUGCGUUUGAGCGGGUGAUGAAGAGUGUGCCCUCAUCCGUCAGUUUGGAUGCUGAAGAGGGCGAGGGAUCGAGCAAGAGUCAACAGGUCCAGAAGAGUACCUCAGGGCUUAGUGCUGGGUCCUCUUGUGUUUCAGACUGCACCCAUAAAGUUCCACUGGGAUCAGAAGUCUUGAUUGAAAUAAAGGAGGUUCUAAGUGUUGCUGUAGGACCCAGAUCUGAUGAGGAGGUUUACACUGUUCAUCAGAUUGAGUCUCUGAUGGACAGAGUGGAACAAACACUUGGAUGCAGAAAACUCCUCUCCCCGGUGGUUGAGCAGAUGUUGUUGCGUUGUACUGUUCAGCUUGCCUGCAAACUUGUAUCCGGGGAGCUGCCACUUGUCGUCUCAGCUGAGGGCAACAAGAGACCUGCUCUUCUGGAAAAGUUUCUAGUUCUGUGGUCUCAGACUCCCUCUCCGCCUCUGCACCUUCUCCUCAGUGAACCCACUUUGACUGCCAUUUUUAGUGCCACAGAUAGUGAGAGAACUGACUACCUGUUCCUGAUAAGACAGCUAAUAGAGAGGGGUCUUUUAGGAGAGGAGGAAGUGGGCACUAACUGGCCAAAGUUGUCAGCGUUAUCUUGGCCAGAGGAGACUGUAGAGAAGUUUCAGCAGCUCUCUCUGGCCACCCAGUUCCCAUUGCCUUCACUGCCAAACCACAGGGACAUACUGCAAGUCUCUCAAUGACCACUAGGGGGACACAUGAGUCUACAUUACCAACUGUGCACAUCAAUCCCAGCCAAACACUAUUGUAUUAACAGACGAGUGAUGCAUAUUUGAACAAAAGAAAAAAUGUUUAAACCUGCAAUAUAUAUGAUUUUAAAAAUAUUUUAAAGUCAUAUUUUUUGUUAGUUGCAAGGAAAGUAUUUGCUGCUUAAACAUGCUGAGUUUAUAAACCAGUCAUUGAUAGAUUAUAUACCUUAAAACACAUUUUGUGGGGAAAUUUUAGCAGGACUUUGCCAGUUUUCACCUAUACUGGCUCUCAGUAGAAAAAGAUAAAGACCAUUCACUGUGCUUUCUUGUCAUUUAUAAAAUCCUAUUUAUUUGUUUUAAGUGUAUGUAAAUGUUUUUCUGCUUGUUGGUUGGUGAGUCUGUCUGUUUGUUUGCAUUUCUUGGUCUAUAUUUGCGGAAAAUUUGCACUUUGUUAAUGUUGGACAAUGUUUUCAUCUGUUUAAUGCUAAAACUAAUGUAAUAAAAUUUAAUUUUGUGAAUAAUGUCUUUCAUGUUAGAUUUAUAGCUCAGUUGGACUCUAAAAUGUAAGGCUGCACUUUUGAAAAAUUUCAUGUGAAUUGGCCAUUUUAAAAAUGGAAAUGAAAAAAAAAAUAAAUCAAGGAGAAAUCGGAAAUUUCUAUAGAGAAUAU